UUUUUUUUUUUAAUUGCGCGUGCAAAGCAAGUUGCAACAUCCUGGACGUACUGGAUGUGAAUCUUUUGGGGGGCAAUCGGUACCCGUAAAAAGUGUAAAAUCGUUAAAUCUGGAUGAUUAAAAAAAAAGCACCACCAUCGUCACCACUAAAACCUAUCAUCACUCACUCUUCGUCGAAUUGUUUACCGAACCACCCCCAAGACCACCCAAACACAAGACCACUCCAAUAACCAAAUCUCUCCGAUUCAUCCACUUCCAUCUACAUCCACACUGAUUGAUACAUACUUACACUUACCUUACCUAACCUAGUACUUACUACUUACCUAUCUAGUACCUGCACUGCACUCGGACUCUCAAAUCCCUUCUUCUUUUAUUCCUUGUUUGCUGACAAUCCCCAUCAUUUACCUAUACCUAUCUACAUAUAUAUUCUCCUCCACUUCCUGACCCCCAAUCUUCAUACCCAUCUCUAUCCCGUCAUAAUGUCUAGGGCCUCUGCAGCUCCGCCGCCCAUGCCUCCCUUAGGCAAACCGAUCAUCAUCCCAGUCAAAUCCUCCUCCCUUUGGGAUCGCUUUACCAAUUGGGCUUCCGACAAUAAAGCACUUGUCUAUACUAUUACCGGCGUUGCCGUUGUUGUCACGAGCGCCGGUGUGGUUUACUAUCUUAACGACUCCAAGCCCAAAGUUGCGGCGCAAACUAAGUUGAGCAAGAAGGAGAGGAGGAAACGAAAAGAGGCCGAACGUCAAGCCGAAGCUCCCAAGUCACCUGCCUCAUCGGGCGAACAGACAAAAGCUGCGACAGUAGACACAGUCGACGAACUGCCAGAGAUUACCGAGGAAACCGUCACUACUUUUACCGAUGAGCAACGCCGCGAGUACGCCUUAAAGCUGAAGAACGCUGGCAACAAGGCCUAUGGCAGCAAAGAUUAUCAGCGCGCUAUCGACCUUUACUCCAAGGCCAUUCUCUGCAAGCCAGACUCUAUCUUCUACUCUAACCGGGCUGCAUGCUACAAUGCCCUUACCGUCUGGGAUAAGGUCGUCGAAGAUACCACCGCCGCCAUUAGCCUCGACCCCACAUACGUCAAGGCAUUAAAUCGCAGAGCUAAUGCUUACGAGCACCUAUCCCAGUUCAGCGAAUCCCUCCUCGACUACACUGCGAGCUGCAUCAUCGAUGAAUUCAAGACCGAAUCUAGCACCAACGCAGUCGAGCGGUUGCUCAAGAAGGUUGCUGAACAGAAGGCAGAGGACAUCAUCAACUCCAAGGACCCUAACAAGCUUCCCAGUCCAACUUUUGUCUCCAACUAUAUUCAGAGUUUCCGAGCGAAGCCGCGCCCCGAAGGACUAGAGGAUGAGGACGAAUUGGACGAAUCCAGUGGUAAGGGACAACUGCAACUUGGUUUACAGUCUAUGGAAAAGAGGACACAUGAAGGCUACGAGGAGGCCGCGAACGCAUUCGAAAGAGCUUUGGAAUAUGGCGACCUAGGGGAAUACGAAGCGCUCGCGUACAACUUGCGAGGUACAUUUAGAAAUUUGCGUGGAUCGCAAGAGGAGGCUUUGAAGGAUAUGGAUAAGAGUAUCGAACUUGACCCCACCUACACCCAAAGCUACGUCAAGCGCGCAAGCAUGCAUUUAGAAAUGGGUGAUCGGGCCAGUGCUGCUGCGGAUCUGGAACAGGCCUUGAGCCAGAACGAUAGUGACCCCGAUAUUUACUAUCACCGUGCGCAACUCCACUUCAUCCACAGCGAAUUCAAAGAUGCCGCCAAGGAUUACCAGAAGUCCAUUGACCUCGACAGCUCCUUCAUCUUCUCUCAUAUCCAGCUUGGUGUGACACAGUAUAAGAUGGGAUCCGUGGCCUCCUCUAUGGCUACAUUCCGUCGUUGCGUUAAGAACUUCGACAAGGUCCCGGAUGUAUACAACUACUAUGGAGAACUACUCCUCGACCAGAAUAUGUAUGAAGAUGCCAUCCAGAAGUUUGACAAGGCCAUGGAAAUGGAGAAGCAGACCAAGCCUAUGGCCAUGAAUGUAUUACCUCUCAUCAACAAGGCCCUGGCCCUCUUCCAACAAAAGUCCGAUUUCAGUGAAGCCGAGAAGCUAUGUGAAAAGGCGUUAAUCAUUGAUCCCGAAUGCGACAUCGCUGUGGCUACGAUGGCCCAACUUCUCCUCCAACAGGGAAAGAUUACCGAUGCGCUCAAGUAUUUUGAACGUGCUGCUGAGCUUGCCAGAACACCCGGAGAGAUUGUGAAUGCGCUCUCAUACGCAGAGGCUACGAGAACGCAGAUCCAGGUACAAGAAAAGUAUCCCCAACUUGCAGCUAAGCUCCAUGGCAUGGGCACAGGUGCGGCUGGUAUGGGGGCUGGCGCAUUCGCUGGCGCACGCUAGGUUGGAUGUCAAGCUUUGAAGCUUUGACAUCUCACAAGAAGAAAAAAAGGGGGGGGGGAGUAAUGUAGAGGGAAACUCUGCUCACUCGUUUUCAAGUUAUUGACUCGGCGAGAGCUUGAAAGUAGGGCACGACAACAUAAGAAGAAAGGGGAGCUGAAAGAAAAAGGAGUAAAAGAUUACGGAGGUUUCCGCAACGGAAAUUAUUUUUUGAACAUACGUGCUUUUGAUGAAUGGAUCCGCGCGCAUAUAACCACCUUUUUUUCUUAAUCGAAAAGGCUUAUUACCCGAGGAUGUGAAGUCAAGAAAGUCCAUAGGUUCCAAAAACGUCGGGACGGCUCGGUAGUAGUUUAAUGAAAUGAUGGUUGUUGUCGUUGUUGUUGUUGCCCUACAUAAUCCUCCUCCUAUUCCUCCCGGCCCUUUUUUUUUCGCUGUAUAAACCUACUGGGUAGUAAAAUACUGUAUAUAAAUAAUACCGCUCUCUCCAACCCUCUCCCCUCCCUCUUCCGCUUAUGUAUUUUUUUUAUUGUUUAUAAUUUCAUGUAAAGGGCAUGUACCACACCUGUCUGUACUUCUAGGUACUUAAGUUGUAGGCGUAUGUAUUUGUUCGGGUUGCGCUUAUGUGGGUUAUGCAGGUUAAACAAAAAAAGGGGGAAGAAGGGGAUAAGAUAC